AUGGCGACGACAACACUUCCUCCAUCUACCCAAAGCGAGGCUCGGCAGGCAGCACAGGACUACUUGAACAAACGUCUGGCAAAUGGAGUCAAUGGUCAAGCAUCUGGAAGACCAUUUACCGUCCCCGAAAUCAACAUAUCUUCCUCCUUCUCCUCAUCCAUCGAAGAUCGCAAAGCAGUAGCAUCUCAAAUCCGCAACGCUUGCACGAACUCCGGCUUUUUCCAUAUCACAGGCCACGGAAUUCCGGAAGAGGCUCGUCAAGCUAUCUUAGGACUCGCGAAACGCUUCUUUCGCACUCUACCUCGCGAGAAGAAGGAGGCUCUGCACGUCAAGCACUCCCACUACUUUCGAGGAUGGGAACCCGCAGAUUUUACUUACGUCAAUCCUGGAGAUUGGGGUGCUGACGAUGCUGCUCCAGAGACGAAGGAAGGAUUCAAUUGGGGUUACGAAGCUGGACUUGAUCCUACAGGUGGCGAUGGACAAUAUCGCGAGCUAGAUGGAAAGGAUGUUAAUGGGAAUGUUUGGCCGUCUGAGGAGGACAUCCCUGGGUUCUAUGAUACUGUAAGGCAGUACUAUGGACAGAUUCUGAAGCUCGCGCGGCACCUUUCCAGGCUGUUCGCGUUGUCGCUCGAGCUGCCAGAGGACUACUUUGAUUCUAUGAUGACACAUCCUGGUGGCAUUGCUAGGUUGCUAUAUUAUCCUGCCUCCAAGGAUCCGCAGCCUCUCGGUCCUAAAGUCAAAGACAAGGAGAUUGGUUUGGGAGCGCAUUCUGACUAUGAAUGCUUCACGAUCCUGCUCUGCUCAGCCGCUCCUGGGCUUGAGAUUCUGUCGCCAGAUGACAGAUGGGUGCCCGCCCCUGCAGUUGAAGGCAGCUUCAUCAUCAACGUUGCAGAUUUCCUGAUGCGUUGGACGAAUGGCGUCUACAAGAGUACGGUACAUCGUGUCGUCAAUCGUACGAGGCAGGAAAGGUACUCUGUGCCAUUCUUCUUCAGCAUCAACUACGAUCAAUCUGUUGAGUCUCUGCCUUCCUGCGUCUCGCCCGAGAACCCGUCGAAAUACCCGCCCGUCAAGGCUGGCGAGUACAUUCUGGAAAGAUUGAAGGCGACUGCAAAAGACUCAUAA